UCGAACCUGGAAAGAACAAGUGAAUCUAUAAAGCUGGGAUCACGUCCACCGCUCUAGUUUAAAAACAAAUUAUUCUAUAACUUCCAUAGAAGACAAUGGGAAAAAGCUCAACAUCUAGCACACCAAAGUGUCGUAUCUGCGAGGAAAGACAUUUCCUAAAACAUUGUCCCAAAUUUCAACGUAUGCCUGUCUCGGAACGACGGAAGGUCAUAAGAGAAAAAGGCUUUUGUUUCAAUUGCCUAUGCACUGCACAUACACGAAGCUGGUGCCCAUCCAGGCAAAAGUGCAUGGUAUGCCAACAAAAUCACCACACUAUGGUUCAUACCGACGACAAAUCCUCUGGAACCAAACAACAAAAUCGGAAUGCCCAUUUUAAGACGAAAGGAAACGGAAGAAGCGAUUCAGCUCUUCGGGAAACACCUGUAGCCUCUAGCCGUCAGAAACACUUAAAUGAGCGUUUGAGCCGACGUCCAACAAUGCACGUUUUCCUUCCUACUGCUCUUGCUCGGAUCGUGACAUCUACUGGUCCAAAAAAAGCGCGAUUGCUGCUUAGCUCUGGAGAAGCUCAGACCGUGGUUUUGAAAGAAUUGGUCGAACGCCUUAAUGUUCGCACUACUAAGCGAGAUGGCAAAGAGUAUUGCUGCUUAAAUCUGGAAUCGUAUCAUGACCCUUUAAUAAAAAUUCAGAUUCAUGGUUUAGUAAAAUCUCAAUUUCACACCGUGCUACCAAAAGCCACUAAUGAGCCAAAACUUAAAGCGUUGUACGACCAUCUAACCGACCUGGCAGACCCACAUUUUUUUCACCCAUCGAAUAUUGAAAUCAUUGUGGCGAAUGAUCAACUAUCCAAAGUUUUACGAGCUGGCCUAAUCCAAUCGUCUUCCAAUAUGCCACUAGUACAGAGUACCAUCUUUGGCUGGGUCAUCUCAGGUGCUUGUCACUACUGA